UUAAAAUACUCUUCUUUUUAGAGAAAAAAAAAAGUCAAAUAAAAUUUCAUUACAACAUUGUAUUUAUCAUUAGAAUCAUAAAAAAUUGAAAAUUAUUAGGGCACCCACAGCGAGACUCAUCGAGCGGACGCGUGCUUAGUUCCCGCAUACGAGCCCGCUACUAUUAUUUUGGGUAUGCGCCUUAAAGCAAAAAUGUGUGCUCGGUGUGGAAGAGCAGGGCAUACAAAUACCACGGUGGAACAUGGGACAAGUCGGUCGCGGAGGUGGAGCACGACGGAUGUAGAGCCCGGUAGCUCGAAGGAAGGGGCCUAGCUACGACCCAUAGAUGCCAGCUGACGAUUGUGGAUGCCCUUUACAAAAUGGAAAAGCGCCAUCAAUGCUGAUUUCACUCACACGGUCACAACACAAAACGGCUAAUUUGUAAAUAUUCAGUGCACGCACAUUCUACGCUGUCCUAUCAAAUCAAAUUGUUAGUAUAUAUUUUGUCACACGCGUUUUUUUUAAUGCCUAUUUCUUCGUUUUUAUCCUCGUGCUUUUCCUGUUAUCUCAAAUAGACCACUCUCCUAAUUCCCCUUUUAGCUGUCAAAUAACUGCAAAAAUCUAUUAAACCCCAAAUUUAAUUCAGCACUUAAACCAACCGAACAAUAUAUAUAUAUAUAUAUUCACAUCCAUCACGCCCUUCACCUUCCCCAUCAUAAAACACACUCAUUCUCUCUCUACAAAACUCACUCUCCAUCAAUGGCGCUCGAGCCUCUCUCUCUCUCGUGGCUGCUGCAGCUCGGCCUUGCCUUCUUCCUCCUCCUCUUCUCCGCAGCCAUGAUUUUCGUCGUGCGCCUCAAGCCUUCGUGCGGCUGCGAGACCUGCCAGACUUUCCUCACUUCGCGGUGGGCUCUAGAGUACAACAAUCUAUGCGAUUGGUACUCCCAUCUCCUUGCCAAGUCGCCCACCGGAACGAUCCACGUUCACGUUUUGGGGAAUGUGAUCACGGCGAAUCCGGAAAACGUCGAGCACAUGCUGAAAACAAAAUUCGAGAAUUAUCCCAAAGGGAAGCAGUUCUCCGCCAUCUUAGGCGAUCUCCUCGGCCGAGGUAUCUUCAACGUCGACGGCGAUCUGUGGCGGUUCCAGCGGAAGAUGGCGUGCCUCGAGCUCGGCAGCGUGUCUGUGAGAUCCCACGCCUUCGAUAUCGUCACCUCCGAGAUUGAAUCGAGGCUCGUUCCUCUUCUGCGAUCGAGCUCCGAUUUCGAUCUGCAGGAUAUUUUCCGGCGAUUCUCGUUCGACAGCAUAUGUCGAUUCUCCUUCGGAUUGGACCCCGGUUGCCUCGCGCCGUCGCUCCCCGCCUGCGAGUUCGCGGCGGCGUUCGACCUCGCGUCGAAACUGUCGGCGGAGAGGGCGAUCGCGACGUCGCCGCUGGUGUGGAAGGUGAAGCGGUUCCUCAAUCUCGGCUCGGAAAGGAGAUUGAAGCAGGCGAUUAGAUCCGUGCACGAGCUCGCGGAAGGGGUGAUCAGGCACAAGCGGGAGCAUGGUGGCGCGCACGGGGAUCUCCUGUCGAGAUUCAUGGGGACGACCGACGACGACGUCUUCCUCCGCGACAUCGUCAUCAGCUUCCUCCUCGCCGGGCGCGACACGGUGGCGUCGGCGCUCACCAGCUUCUUCUGGCUCCUCAGCCGGAACCCUGCCGUGGUGGACGCGAUCCGCGAGGAAUCCGACCGCGUGAUAGGGGGAGAUAGAGAAGAGACGGUGACAUUCGCGCAGCUCCGGGAGAUGCACCACCUGCAGGCGGCGGUGCACGAGAGCAUGCGGCUCUUCCCGCCGGUGCAGUUCGACUCAAAGUUCUGCGAAAACGACGACGUUCUCGCGGACGGCACGUUCGUGUCGAGAGGAACUAGGGUUACCUACCAUCCGUACGCGAUGGGGAGAAUGGAGCGGAUUUGGGGCGAGGUGCCGCUCCAAUUCGCCCCGGAGAGGUGGCUCGAAAACGGAGUAUUCAAGCACAAGGACCCGUUUAAGUACCCGGUAUUCCAGGGCGGAAUUAGGGUUUGUUUGGGGAAGGAGAUGGCGUUGGUGGAGAUGAAGGCGGUGGCGCUGUCCAUAAUUAGAAGGUUCGACAUCGAAGUAAUCGGGUCGGGUCAGGCUCCGAAGUUCAUGCCCGGGUUGACAGCCUCGAUCCGAGGCGGGUUGCCCGCCAUUGUGACUGUGAGAGAGGGGAGGUUUUGAUUGUGCUUCCCGUGCUUUGUACGUGUGAAGAUGAUGAAGGAGGGGAGUAUUGUACAUGACACAUCAGAUGAGGCGCCUAUGUAAAUAUACCGGAACUCAACUUCAUCAAAUCAAAUUACGGAUGGGGGCCCACUAGAUUAUAUCAUUACUCCUUCAAAUUCAACAUUGUCUCCAAUCAAUGAACAUAAUUUUGUUAUUA